AUGUGUCCCUGGCCGGCAGGCGUGCCGGAGCAGCGCUGGUCCAUGCAGGUGCCCUCCGAGGUGAGCGCGGAGGCGGGCCACGCGGCGAUGCUGCCCUGCACCUUCACGCACCCACACCGCCACUACGACGGGCCGCUGACCGCCAUCUGGCGCGCGGGCGAGCCGUACGCGGGCCCGCAGGUGUUCCGAUGCACCGCGGCACGAGGCAGCGAGCUGUGCCAGACGGCUCUGAGCCUGCAGGGCCGCUUCCGCCUGCUGGGCAACCCGCGCCACAACGACCUGUCACUGCGCGUCGAGCGCCUCGCCCUGGCGGACAGUGGCCGCUACUUCUGCCGCGUGGAGUUCGCCGGCGACGCCCACGACCGCUAUGAGAGCCGCCACGGGGUCCGGCUGCGCGUGACCGCUGCACCGCGGAUCGUCAACAUCUCGGUGCUGCCAGGCCCCGCGCACGCCUUCCGCGCACUCUGCACGGCCGAGGGGGAGCCUCCGCCUGCCCUCUCCUGGUCGGGCCCCGCCCUGGGCAACAGCUCGGCGGCCGAGCAGAGCCAGGGUCACGGCUACCAGGUGACCGCCGAGCUGCCGGCGCUGACCCGAGAUGGGCGCUACACGUGCACGGCAGCCAAUAGCCUGGGCCGCGCAGAGGCCAGCGUCUACCUGUUCCGCUUCCGUGGCGCCCCCGGAGCCUCCACUCUGGCACUCCUACUCGGCGCGCUGGGUCUCAAGGCGCUGCUGCUGCUUGGUGUUCUGGGUGCGCGAGCCACCCGCCAACGACUAGAUCACCUGAUCACUCAGGAUACCCCUCCACGGUCUCAGGCUCAGGAGUCCAAUUAUGAGAACCUGAACCAGAUGAGUCCCCCAGGCCAGCAGCUGCCACGUGUCUACUGUGAGGAGCUUCUGGGCCACCAUCAUCCAGUCGUGCACCGAGAGAAGUGAAGCUAGACCUGUGCAGCUCCUUCUAUUCCCCAGGCUUCUUGGCAGCUAUGGGCUAGCGACUUCCAAGGGGACACAGGACCCUGCUCCCAGAGGUUUGGAGCCAACAAUCUGGAUGUGUGUAUCUAUACAUACAUAUACACAUAUGUCCACCUGAGCCUUAGCAUGAAACUGCCCUUGUUUUUUCUUACUUAGAACCAUAUAGUAAAGCAGAUGGGAAACUAGCCGUACCGUCUGGAGGUCCAGGCUCCAGCCUGCUCUGGCACCAACUUUGCGGUGUAGACCAGGACACAUU